CUUUCCUUCCCCUGCUCCCCCCCGGGAAGCGGCUUGCUCUGCGCUCCGCUCUCUCUGUCACUUUUUUUUUUUUUGCUUUCCACCCCUUUUUCCCCUCCCCUCUUUUUUUUCUCCCCCUUUUUUCUUUUUGCUCCCACUUUGUUCGCGCUCCCAGGCAGCAGCAGCGGCGGCGGAGGCGGCGGGAGCUGCAAUUGCAAGCCUAGGAAGAGCCGCUGCUUUGCAAUUCGGCCGGGGGGACCCCCUCCCCCACUUCGUCUUUCCCAACCCCCCCCAAAAGAAAUCGCGAUCCUUAACUCCCUCCACCCGCCCAAACGACAACUAAGCGGCCCCCUUCCACGCACCCCAUGGCGAAAUGAGCCCGGCCGCCGCCUCCGCCUCCUCUCUUUCCCCCGUCUCUAAGAUGGAGCAAGCAAGAAACUAACAAAGAAACAAGCCAGCUUCGGCCUUGGUGGGAGCCACGAUCAUGCUUUUUUAAUGGACCGAAUGCCGGCCGGUUGCAGCGGAGAUUUUUACAGCUUUGCAGGGGAGAAGGUAGCUGUAUCCAGUUGGGUGGCAGGCCGACCCAAGGGGUACCAUGAAGUUUUUGGGACCCUUGGAGAAUCAGAGGUUGUCCAUCCUCCUAGAGAUGGCAAUCUCUAGGGAAGCUCAGAUGUGGAAAGUGUACGUGCCCAGAAUUCAGCCCAAUCAGGAUGCAGGCAUUUCUCCAACCCAGCGGGACGAAGUGAUUCGGUGGCUGGCCAAACUCAGAUGCCAGUUCCACCUUUAUCCGGAAACGCUUUCUCUGGCCGUCAGCCUGUUGGACAGGUUUUUAGCUGCUGUGAAGGCGCGCCCAAAGUACCUGAACUGUAUUGCCAUCAGCUGCUUCUUCCUUGCCACCAAGACCAUUGAGGAAGAUGAGAAAAUUCCAGUGCUGAAGAUCUUAGCCAGGGAUAGUUUUUGUGGCUGUUCUCCGGCAGAGAUUCGCAGAAUGGAGAAGAUUAUACUGGAUAAAUUGAACUGGGAUCUUCACACAGCCACUCCAUUGGAUUUCCUUCACAUUUUCCAUGCAGUCGCCUUGUCCACCAGGCCUCAACUGCUGACCAGCUUGCCCAAGGUGAAUCCGUCCCAGCACGUUGCUUUGCUGACCAAGCACUUACUGCAUUGCCUAGCCUGCUACCAACUCCUCCAGUUCAAGGGCUCCAUGUUGGCCCUGGCCAUCGUGAGCCUGGAAGUGGAGAAGCUGAUUCCUGAUUGGCUGGCUCUCAUCAUCGAAUUGCUCCACAAGGCACAGAUGGAUAGCUCCCAGCUGAUCCACUGCCGGGAGCUGGUGUCCAAGCACCUUUCCACUCUGCAAUCUCCACUCCUGCCCAACUCGGUUUACCUCUACAGUCCCCUCAAGCACAACCUGGUGACUUGCCCCACGGGGGCCUUCCGAUUCCACGCCCCUGUGGGCCCAGUCCCCGAUUGGCAGGACAACAGCAAGCCCGAAAUGCCCGCCAAAGGAUCCGCCUCGCUCCGCCGCCGCCACAGGCUCCCUCCCGGCAGGUGCAAGCCCGCGACGGCCAAGCGCAAGGUGGAAGAGAUGGAAGUGGACGAGUUCUAUGACGGGAUCAAGCGGUUGUACAAUGAAGAGAGUCCUCCAGACAGCGGGGAAGGCAAGGCCGCCCCCGGGUGUGGCAUCGACGUCUCAUGGCAAGGAGGCAGCGUUUCCCCCUGCCCGCCAUUGCAGCCCGUUUCUGUCAUGUAGCCCAAUGUUCCUCAGGCUCAGCAACUUGAACCUGUGUGGACUUCAACUCCCAGGGUUCUCCAGCCAGCAUGGCUGGCUGGGGAACUCUGGGAGUUGAAGUCCACACAUCUUCAACUUGGCUAGGUUGAAAAACAUUGCUGUAGUCCUGUGUCCCCAUGCGCCUUUGGUGGAAAGCCCGUUCGUGCAGAUGCAACAUCAGACAACCAUUGGCCUUUUGGGCCAGUGGAGAGAAGGCCGUAUCUUAACUGGGUUAAGCAGAAGGGAGCUAGCUAUCCUUUAAAAAAAGAAGAAAAAAAAAGAAUCUUCCCCUCUUUUCCUAGUUUUCCUAAUGAUAGUUUAUGCUCUGUUGAAAGUUCAACUCUUGAUUUUAAGUCCUUUAAAAAAAAAAAAAGAUCCCCAAAACCAACCCCCCCCCCCAAAAAAAAUAAUAGCAAAAAUCGUUUCUGUAGUGUUGUUUGUUUCCACCGUUCUCGAUCUACUGUUGUGUACUGUAAUCUCAUGUAUUGUUUCGAAGAAUUGACACGGAGUGUGCUGAACGCUUUUUCAGGUUCUCCAGCUGUGUUCUCUCCUCCUUCCAAAUUUCCUUCCUUUCUAAAGAACUUCCUUUGCCCAAUUUCUUUAAAAAUCAUUUCCAAAUUGUAUGACUCCCUCGAUUUUUUAUUUUUAUUUUUGCACUUUUAUUUUGGGUAAGUUUCCCUUUCACGAACAAAAGAGAAACCCCUUCUCUUUGUAGAGUUCUUUUGUUUUCUGUCAUCCUGUCAGUCUUUUGACUGUGGUAGCUAAAACUAAAAACUUGCCUUUAAAAUUAAGGUUUUUCUUUUAACAAAAAGGAAUCUUUGUAACCUGCCCUAGGGUAGAAAGCAAAAAUGGACACUCAAGAAGAGCGGCGUGUUUGGUUCGGAAGGUUUAAGCUGCACAAUAAUUAGGAUUUUAAUUUUAUAGACAACCUCUGUGGCUGCUGUUAGACUGACCAAACCGAAACAUCACACCUUUCUUGUGUUUUUAUAUACAGAAAAGCUUUGUGCAUCAAAUGCAAACAUAUAAUGAAACAAAACAAAAUGGUGGGCAUUGAAAGCACCUGUGUCUUUUGGGCCAUUAUUGUAGCUUUGUGUAUAAAUGAUCUUAGAUUUUCCCCCUUCCUUAUGUUUUCUCCCUGACCUUUAUGUUUGUGUAAAUUUACAACUUUAAAGACAGGGACAAACAAACAAACAAAAAAAGACUUUUAAAGAUCUUCUGUUCUAAUUCUAAAUGCACUGCUUCUUGGAAUAGCCUUCUUGAAAGGACCUCCUUGAUUUUAAAGCUCUCUUCACGGUCUCUGUGGAAGAUGCUGUGUUUGCCAGUCUCAUGGAGAAAGGCUUCGGGUAGCAAUAAAAACAAACACGUUGUCCUUCA